AGACAUUUGUUAUAAAAUUUCAUCAAUUUAAAUAUAUUAGAAAUUAUUCUCUGUUCAUUAUUUGUCAAGAAUAAGAUUUAAAUAUUACCAUAGAAGGCAACUUUAUUUAUGAUAAGAAGAGAAAUUUCGUUUAAUCAAUGGAAUAUACGUUCGCAUAAUUACUCGAGGAACACCCGUUAAGCCACACACACAGAACAGAAAGCAACGAACAAAUAAAAUCAGACUAUCGGCUUCCGCAAUCGAAAUCCAGCGUGUACAAUUAAACGUUUGGCACCCGAAUCGUCAAAAUUCCAAAAAACGUGAAUGGGUCUCUCUAUAGUAGAGGCGGUGUGCGAUUGCAAUGAAAGCAGCGCAUCGUCCCAGACCUUAAAAUGUUACAUCGCAACAAAGGAUCUCCUACCAUCAUGCAAACCACUCAUAAAGGCCACAAUGAAGACAAGAUGCACUUUUCGUCGCAUGAUAAUUUCCACUGUCGUAAUAAUCAUAAUCCUGGCUAUUAUAUAUUGCUUGACAAUAUCUGGACAACACGUGCAAAAUAUCGGUAGAAAUUUAAGAAGUCAAAUACAAGCUCGAAUUCACGAACCGCUACCUAGAAUAUUACAAUUUCGAACAAUAGAGAUUCCUAGAUCGGAAACGGAGGUGGAGGUGGAGGUGGAGGCGGAGGCGGAGGCGGAGGCGGAGCCAGAGGCAGAUGCAGAGCCAGAGGCAGAAAUAGAGGUAGAUGUAACGGAUUGAGUUAAAAAAUAUCAAAAAGGUUAACAAAGAAUUCCGAAGAAUUCAAAGAGACGUAUAAUAAAAUAAUUGUAAGUAUUUUUGUAUCUACGAGGAUGAGAAUGACAUUUUAAACAAAAUAUUUUGUCACGAAAUGUCAUUCAGUAUCGUGAAUCUUUCUUUUUUAUUAAAAUUCGAGAUUUCUCUCUCUUGUUUGUAGAUUUAAGUAGAGAUCGGUUCAUGACAUUUCGACAUACGAAGAGGUUAGGAAUAUCGAUACGUUCAUAAAUAAUCCUUAUUAUUUUAUUUUAUAUAAAACAACAAUUCGAUGGUAAAUAUUAGAAAAUGGAUGUUUAGAUGGAUGAUAUAUCUCGUCAAUAGUAUCACAUAAACAAAAUUUGUAUUGUGAUAUUCAUAUUUUGUCCCGUUAUCAUACUCGAACAAUACAGUUUUAUAAAGUAUCAAAAAGUGUUUUAAAGUUUAUAUCCCAAGCCAUAAGGAUUAAUAAACAUAUAAAUAAGAAGGAUUAAUACAUAUAAACAAAUCAAUAUUUUAAAUAUUUUACAAAAAAUAUAAAAAGAUUUCUAAGAGAAGAGGUUAUUCUACUCUAUUCUAGAAUAAAUACAAAUUCCACGUGAAUUUACUUGAAGCACGAAAACUUGAACGCAAAACUUGGGCGCAUGCGCACAUAAGAUUGAAAGAAGAAAGAAGAGGGAAGAACGUUUGAUCCUGGAUAACGAAGUGAGAAGUAUGAUGCGCUGUGCGUGCGCAUAAAUCCGUGUCCGAAACAGAGCGAGGCAGAAAUACAUUUUUCAUCUGCAACAUUAUUCGAGGCGAAAGUAAUAUUAUAUUUCACGGAACAACGCCGAUACGUAUUCUGUGUAUCGUAACAGCUGCGGACAUAUGGAGUACGCAUAGGGAAGUGGGAUGAGAGUAGCAGAAAGAGGCGAGACCCUGUGAUCCAUAUUUCGAUUUUUCCGCACCGAUCAAAGCGUAUCGUAUAGGUUAUACGCGCUGAAAAAUCAAAUUCAAUGGUUCGAAUGCGUUUGUACAAAAGGUAAACUCUAUCGCCAUAAACGCUAGGCCUUGAUUGCGUGGUAUGCAAGUGAAAUUCAUGGUUCUGCUACUUUAUGAGUGUAUGCUCAUACGAAAGGAAAGAGGGGAAAAAUGAUAUGUAAUAAUUUUAUUAGUAUCAAAUCUUUUAUGAAAUUUAUAUAUAUAUUUUGUCGUGCAAAUGUAAACAAAUGUAAUAAAUAUUUAUUAUUAUUAUUAUUAUUAUUAUUAUUAUUACAGUGUUUAGAAUAAAAGCGAAUGCAUUUGGAAAAUGAAAAUAUAUAAAUUUAUAAUUGAUCGAUCGGAUGGGAAGAAUAUAAAAA